AAAAACACACGCCCUCUCCUAUACCAACUAAGAUAUAAAACCAUUAAGAAAAAAACCCACUUCUCCUCUUCGCAAUAUCAAUUGCUUUCUUCCUCGCCAAUCUCAGGACGGAGGAGCCCCGGAACUCCCCCACCGCCACCCUGUUCGGCCUUAAGCGGUUCUUCUCAAGCACUUCCCCGGUAAGCAGAGAAGUCUUAAAAACAGCGAGCGACAAGACCGGAGACAAGAUGAGUCGAACACCGAUCUACUUUUUGAGUCAUGGGGGUCCGAAUGUCAUGUACCAAACGGAUCACCCGGCGUAUAAGAAGCUGGGGCAGAUUGGCAGGGAGAUCACGACGAAGGUGAAGCCGAAGGCUGUGGUGGUUUUUUCGGCGCAUUGGCAGGCGGGUAAGGAUACGAUUCAGGUUAACACGGCUGAGGUUACGGAUUUGAUUUAUGAUUUUUACGGGUUUCCGAGUCAUUACUACGAGGAGAAGUAUCCCAAUGUGGGGAGUAGGGAGAUCGCGAAUAAGGUGCUUGAUCUGCUUGGGAAAGCGGGGAUUAAGGCGGAAGGUGUGAAGAGAGGUUUGGAUCAUGGCGUGUGGGCGAGUUUCAAGUGUGCGUUCGAGCCGGAGUCGAAUCCGCUGAACGUGCCGAUCGUGCAGGUUUCGCUGUUCAAGAAUGAGGACCCCAUCGAGCAUUACCGGCUCGGGCAGGCCGUGUCCAGUCUCCGCGAUGAGAAUAUUCUCAUCAUCGUUUCCGGAAUGGCAGUUCACAACCUGCGCGAUCUGUGGUUCAGCAUGGAUAGUAAGCGGCCGAUGCCGUACACUGUCAGCUUUGACGAGGCGUUGAAGACAGCGGCCACAGCUCCCCCAGCGGAGAGAGAACAAGCCCUGGCGGAUCUGUUGAAGAGGCCCGAUGCGCGACAGGCGCACCCGACUUUUGACCAUCUGCUCCCGAUUCACGUUGGUGCCGGAGCUGCUGGCGAUGAUGUCGGGAAGAGACUGUGGACGCUUGGUGAGGGAAGCAUGAGCUGGGCGCAAUUUAGAUUCGGUCAAGUGGCCAACGGUAGUAGUUCUCUGUAAUUUUAAACGGUGUAAAUGGAAGAGAUUUCAGGAGUUUCUUUGAAUGCUCGAACGAGGUAAAUUGAAUUUUCCAAUUCAUCUAUAGAUACAAUGGUUGACGAUUUGAACACGAUGCAUGGACAUAUACGGAAGUGUGGGAAAGUCGCUAUGAAGACUCCUUCACGAGUUUGGUAACUUUUUCUUCGAUCUGUGCAUCCGACAAGCCUGUAUAGCCCUGAUAUUAGUCGCGGAAUUGAGACGAUUGCGGAAGAUGGUCCCUUACCGGCCAAUGGCUCGAGUGACUCCUUGCCAAAUGCUGCAAGAGUCACACAUAUAUUAGCCCAUUCUCCAUCUUUUACUAUUGACU